AUGUCGGUCAAUGAGGCCUUUCCAAUUGAUGCGGCGCAGAUCGUAGGGGUGUUUAUGGAGAGUGUGUUCUUCGGUUGUAUGAAGGCGCUCGUGUGGAUCGAAGGGGGGUUCAAGCCAUGGCACAACCUUCAUUACAAAAUGAUAGUAGCGGCGCUGCUCAUGUUUGUAUUCGCCACCUUGGACGUCGCGUUUCACCUGCGCCAUAACCUGGACGCGUUCGUUGGUGCACCCAAUUCGGAGUAUGUGAUCGCGAUGUUUGAGGACACCUCGAACUGGAUUAAUGUCAUGAAGAUGGCGUGUUAUGUCGCGCAAACGUUCGUGGGGGAUAGUAUUCUGCUCUAUCGGUGCUGGAUCAUCUAUAAUCGAAGGUGGCUGGUGAUCGCCUUCCCGACAUUGCUGUGGAUUGGCUGCACAGUGUGCGGUGCGAUCACCAUCUAUGUCGAGGCCACGCUUGAUACAGAGGGCGCCUUGUUGAACGCGAAAAGCUUGAUCCCGUUCAUCACGAGCAUGUUAUGUCUUACUCUCGCGAUGAAUUCACUUACCACUGGGGCUUAUUCAACACCCUUCCUGAAAACAGGCUUGAUCGUGCACAGAAUAUGGCGGAUUCAUGCUCGAGUGAAACGCCGUAUGAGCGCAUAUGACUUCAGCGACAGCGCAUUAUCGAAGGUACUGGUGGUCCUGAUCGAGUCGGGGCUCAUGUACACCACGUCGAUUCUCAUCCUGUUCGCGUUGUACAUGGCGGGGCAUAAUGGACAAUAUGGCGUGUCGAACGCGGUCGUUCAAAUUAUCGGCAUCACGUUCAACCUGAUUAUCACGAGUGUUGAUCGGGAAUCGAGGCAGUCGAGUUCAGCGUCAGCCACAGCGUCACGCAGCAACAUCGUGGCCACCAAUCGAGGUGGUGUCCCCUUGCACCAGAUUCAUGUUCAGACCAGCACUUUCCGACAUCAGGACGAUGAUCUGGAAGAAGGCGCUUCCAAAAUCCGUUCUGCUGGUUCUGAUGGAACCGGGAAAUCGGUGGUGACUGAGUGGAAGUGAAGACUGUGUGUAUGUGUGUGCCCUGGCGCUCAAGCUUCCAGUGUCGCCAUUCCACCCUCCGAAGGACUUGUAAUGGCCCGAUGGGUUGUGUAUGUAUUAGUAUAUUUGUUGGUCAAGGAUCUCCCCUUCGAAGCUUCAUCAUUUACUAGAAUCUCGCUCCGCCCACAGCGGACUUUCCUCGCUCGUUUACAAUACCCACCACUACUUACUAUCUCUCUUCUUUUCCCUCGUAUCUGCACUUCGGUUUUAGUCUUUGUGUGUAACUGUAGUUUUUCGACCCUUCGAUGUGUACAUUAGGCCCUGUAUUAGACUUCGUGCGUCCCACGAAGGUGGGACUCGAUGCA